AAGUUUUGCGGCCAUUAAUCUGUUGUGAGAUGUACACUUGUUAUGCUUUCCUAACACUCAAAUAAGAUGGUGUAAGACUCUGUGAUGUACAUGCUUGGCCCAGGCAUGCUACUGUUGUUAGUGUCCAUAUCUUUCAUCUAAAUGACUAACAUCCAUGGCAUAAUGAUGAAUUUUCAACAUCUAGGCAGAUCUUAACAAUUGACAACCCGCCAAGAUGGCUACUUAUUUCCCUUUUUGUCUGUGAUUGCCACUCAAAGACAAACUAAAGGACUUGACACUUAUAAAAUUUUGAUUUUUAUGUUUCUUUUUGUUGUUUAAAACUAUGGUCAUUCCAUUUGUGUCUCUCAUCGGAGAGUAUAAUAGACAUGAUCUUCUAGGCUGGUUGAUUGUAAUGGAAGUGAAGGUUCCUGCAUGCUAAUGCUGAAGUAAUGGGGACAAAGAGUUUGUGACUGUGGCUUACUUUAUGUGUGCUUUAUAUUACAUGAUUGUGAAGGCACUCGGCUGUGAACAUCUACUCUAGUCAGGAUUCUUUAGAGUCACUGUUCAUAAGCAGAUUUGGAGCAUUCCUCUCUUACGGGUCACUGAAAAGAUAAUAGUUUUAAUUUGAUAUUUUCUCUGUAUAGUUUAAGAUAGCUGCUAUAUUGUGAUUCUUUAACACUAUUAGAUGUUCCUUACAAAUAUGGAAAUCUUUGUUGCUUUUUAAGCAAGUGAAUAUAUUGGCUUGGUUUAAUCCUUCAGGCAGUGGCGUUAAUCUGAAAAUUUUCAGUCCACCCCCGGAGUACUACCAUUUAAAAUGCAAACAAAUGAAGAGAGUAAUAGACCUCCCCUAGCAGACUCUUCUCUACAGUGGAGUCAGUGGCAGUUGCUUGACUCACUUCUCCCUACUGGUGGAUUUGCUCAUUCUUUUGGCCUUGAAGCAGCAGUUCAGUCCCACCUGGUGUCUAGUCCUGAUGAACUUAAGACUUUUAUUAUCCAUGUUUUGGAGAAUACUGGAAGCUUACUCCUUCCCUAUGUGUACUCAGCUGCCUUGUCACCGAAUUUGGAAACCUGGCACAGGCUUGACAGAAUGUUGGAUGCUACCUUAACCAAUGAAGUCAGUCGAAAGGCAUCAAUCUCGCAAGGAUCUGCACUGAUGAGGGUGGCUUCAGCCAUGUUCUCCGAGACUCCCUCUCUUAAAACCAUGAGGGAUACUUCUCUUCGGUCAGGGUCUGUAUGUUUUCACCAUGCUCCAAUAUUUGGACUUGUAUGUGGAGCACUUGGAUUUGAUAUUACUGUUUCCCAGAGAGCUUACUUGUUCAUCACAAUGAGAGAUGUAAUUUCUGCUGCAACAAGGCUGAAUCUGGUGGGACCUCUUGGGGCAGCGAUGUUGCAGCACCAGAUUGCACCUAUAGCUGAAAAUAUAUUGGAAAAAUGGUUGAAUCGUGCGGCAGAGGAAGCAUGUCAGACAGCUCCUCUGUUAGAUGUUGUGCAGGGCUGCCAUGUCUACUUGUUUUCUAGGCUGUUUUCCUCUUGAAAGGCACGAAGAGUUCAGCAUACUUGACACUUCUGAGCACUCGGAAGUGUGAAUGAAAAUUGCAAAAGGGGCGCCCAUCUGGUUUCCUUGGCCUUACUGUAUUGAUUACUAUAAUUGUUUUGAAAUUUUGAUCAAUGGUCACUUUUCACCUAUCUCCUGGCUUGUUAAUACUCUGUAUAACAGUAUUACUCUUUGCAUUCCCUGGUUAUUAUUUUGGGUC